CGGCGAAACAAACAACACACGAAAAGAAAAAUCUCGAAAGAAACUUUUUUCAUCGCUUCGAUUUGAUCUUUACUCCAAUGGCUGUCGUCGGCGCUCCUAUAUCGUCUCCGGCGGCUCAUCUCCAAACACGUUUUCUCUCUAAUCCCGUUAUUCCCCGCUUUCGCCGGUCUUUCUCCGCCGGUAAAUCACCAGCUUCUUUCUCUGUCGUGUCCAUGGCUCCUCAGAAAAAGGUGAACAAAUAUGAUGCCAAAUGGAAGAAACAAUGGUACGGAGCUGGAUUGUUCUUCGAAGGUAGUGAGCAAGUAAACGUAGACGUUUUCAAGAAGCUGGAGAAGCGAAAAGUUCUGAGCAACGUUGAGAAAUCUGGCCUGCUCUCAAAAGCAGAGGAGUUGGGACUUACAUUGUCAUCACUUGAGAAGCUUAAAGUCUUCUCCAAAGCAGAGGAGCUUGGUCUUCUCAGUCUCCUCGAAAAUUUAGCCGGAACAUCGCCUGCGGUCUUAGCCUCGGCUGCAUUACCUGCUUUGACGGCUGCAAUUGUAGCCAUUGUGGUGAUCCCGGAUGACUCAACAACUCUGGUGGUAGCUCAGACGGUUUUGGCUGGUGCUCUUGCGCUUACAGGCGUUGUUUUGUUGGUUGGAUCUGUUGUUUUGGAUGGACUUCAAGAAGCUGACUGAUUCUUUCUUUGUAAACCAAACACACAAAAAAAAACUUUUGCCUGUUGACUUUGUCAGUUGCUGAAAA